AUGCCUGACACUGACAUUGUCUCCACUGCAAGAGCAGCCAGUGCUCCCUGCACCUGCACCUGUGCCUGCACCUGCACCUAUGUCUGCACCUGUGCCUGCACCUGCACCUGUACCUAUGCCUGCAGCUGCACCUGCACCUAUGUCUGCACCUGUGCCUGCACCUGCACCUGUGUCUGCACCUGCACCUAUGUCUGCACCUUUUCCUGCACUUGCACCUGCACCUGCACCUGUACCUAUGCCUGCACCUGUGCCUGUACCUUUGCAUGCACCUGCUCCUGCACCUGCACCUGUACCUAUGCCUGCGCCUGCACCUGUGUCUGCACCUGUGCCUGCACCUGCACCUGUGCCUGCAUCUAUACCUGCACCUUUGUCUGCAUCUGCAUCUGCACCUGCACCUGCACCUGCAUCUUCCAGGCCAUGUUUAUAACCCCUUAA